AUGAAGCAUCAGGCACCAACACCGAUCAAUGCAAAAAAAACUAUGGCUCCACCACAUGGUGAUCAAAAUGAACGUGUUAAUAUUCGCAUUAAUGAUUCCACAGCACAUAAUAUUCAUAAAGCUGCUGUAACACGUGAUUAUAUAAAACAACCACGACUAACCUAUAAAACUGUUGUUGGUGUCAAUGGUCCAUUAGUUAUUUUAGAUAAUGUUAAAUUUCCAAAAUUUGCUGAAAUUGUUAAUUUAACAUUACCUGAUGGUAGUAUACGUAGUGGACAAAUUCUUGAAGUAUCAGGAUCAAAAGCUGUCGUGCAAGUAUUUGAAGGAACAGCCGGCAUUGAUGCAAAAUAUACAACUGUUGAAUUUACUGGUGAUAUUNUGCUAUGA